AUCGUGGUUUCCUUCUAUCGAGGCAGAUCCGGAGUCGCGUAGAGACAAAAGUGAAAGAUCUCAGUUGCCAACAGGGAGUAGUGGUAGUCUAGAUUCUAGAGAUCAUGGCGGCAUUUGUCACUCCGGCUGCUUCAGUGGUGUCCGAGCUGGUGGUGCGGGGCCGGGAGUCCGCCGCCCUCCUCGAGGCCUUGCUCCAGGGGGGCUCGCCGCAGGAGCACGGCGGGCUCCGGGAGCUCGCCGCGGAGAUCCUUCUCUGCUGCGGCCGCGCCCUCGCGGCGCUCCACGGCCGCGCCGGCGUGGACGCGAUCGCGCUCGCCAGCAUGAAGCGCAAGUCGUCGGAGCCCUACGGCGCAGCCGCUCAGACGAGGCCGAAAAGAAGGAUGCGCGCGAGCAGCGAAUCGACGGCGACGAGAGUCGAGAAGCGGUGGACGGCGGAGGACGGGCUCAUAUGGAGGAAGUACGGGCGGAAGGAGAUCACGCACAGCAAGCACCCGAGGCUCUACUUCAGGUGCUCCUACAAGCACGACAUCGGCUGCCCGGCGACGAGGCAGGUCCAGCAGUCGGACGAUGACCUCUCCCUCUACGUCAUCACCUACUUCGGCGACCACAUCUGCUGCCAAGGCGACGGAGCCGUCGCCGCUGCAGAGAGAGAGGAAGAGGACGUCAAGAAGCAGCCGUUCGUCAUCAACUUCGGGUCGGCCACUGCGAGCAGCACCAGCGGCUCGCCUUGGCAAAACUCUGACGGCGGUGAUGGCCGGAGCAAGAUCUCACGCUCGCCGCACGCCGUAUGCUUGCCGGAGGGAAGAGCCGAACUAGGAUUGAAGGUGACCAAAGUUGAGACAACUUCGUUAGACUCGCAGCCAGCGGGCCCGGCGGCGGCAGAUCUGAGUUCGUCACCCGACGUUUCUUGUCCUUCCCCAGCAUGGGAUCCUUUAUCCUGCUGCCUGGAGUGGGAUCAAUUCAUCGAGAGCUCAUUCGAUUUCGUUGGUGAAUUCAUCAAUUUUGAUGGCAUUACUCUGUACCAAUAGCAUGGUUAAUUUCACGUGUGAUGCAUCACAUAUAGAUGCCCGACUAAAUUUUGUGAGGGGAGUAUUUCUUCUAGUACUAUAUACGUAUGAUGUUUGUUGGGAUGAACGUGAACGUGAAAGCAAGUGUGGUUGCA